CCUAAAACAGACAAUGCAGUCCAAGCAUCGCGGGGGGUCCACUUCUAUGCCUCCCCUUCGCCCCCUCGCUCGCUAGCCCGCCCGCCCGUGGCGAGGGCGGCUUUGGCAUGCACUCUUCUGAUGACAACUACCUUCCAUGGUAGCUGUCGUCAGCAUCUCCGUGCUCUCCGAAACUCUAUCCCCAUAUCUUGGCUCUAGGCUGCUCCCCGACGAUUCUCGCAGCUCUGGUGUGCUUUUUGCUUCUGGCCCUCUCUCCCUUUCUCUGUUUCCCUUGUGCUGAGGCCCAGAGUUGUUGGCGUGCAAAUGGCACUACAACUACCGAGUGAGAACUCGAGACCCUCCUCCUCUCUCCAUCCCCCGCUAACUCCGCUUGGACUUCAAGGAACACACAAUCGCAGCUUUCCCCGACCAACCCUCUCUCAACUAGCUGAGACAUGGCGGGAGGUGCAGGGCGCAGAUGACUGGAAGGGCAUGUUAGAGCCUCUCAACGACCACUUGAGGGCUGAGCUCAUCAGAUACGGUGAAUUCGCACAAGUUUCUUACGACAGUUUCGAUUACGACAAGCACUCGAAGUUUUGCGGGAGCUGCCGCUACUCCCCAGAUAGUCUGUUCAAAAAUGUCAAUCUGCACCACACAGGCUACACCGUUACCUGGUACAUCUACGCCACAACGAAUGAGAGAGUUUGGAGCUUGAUUAAGAGAACAGAGCGGGAGGAUGCUUGGAGUAAGAGAUCAAAUUGGAUGGGGUAUGUGGCAGUUUGUACAGACGAGAAGGAGAUCAAGAGACUAGGAAGACGAGAUAUUCUGGUUGUUUGGAGAGGCACCGUCACGGAUCGGGAAUGGGCCUCGAAACUCACAUCCCAACUCGUUGAAUGUUCCUGCGUAGAUGGAAGCGAUCAUAGCGAGUCGACGCCUAAAGUUGAAGCCGGACUUUUAGACUUGUAUACCUCUGCGGACGCUGGUUCGAAGUUCAACAAGAUCAGUGCUCGAGAGUAUGCGGUGAAAGAAAUCGUUAGGUUGAUUGAGGAAUACAAAGACGACGGCCAUGAGCUGAGCAUUACGAUUUGCGGACAUAGUCUUGGUUCAGGACUGGGAAUUCUUUUUGCAUGCGAUGUAGCAAACUCAAAACUGAACCAAAUCAACCAGGAGAGAACUAUUCCAAUAACGGUAUUUUCCUUCGGAGGUCCUCCCGUUGGUGACGGUGUGUUUAAGCGACGAGUCGAGGACCUUGGAAUCAAGGUUCUUCGCGUUGUGAACAAGCGCGACGCAGUACCUAGCUUGCACACAUGGCGAUUUGUAGAUAUCCUUAACAGCGGCCACCAGCACUUGGGAGUGCAAUUUGAAGUUGAUGAUACGAAUUCGGAGCACUUGGAUCAAUUAAAAGCCACAACUCGACAAGAAACUCUGAGGUACGAAAUUGGAGAGAAACAUACCUCAGCCUUCUAUAAUCAUCACAACCUAGAGGUGUAUCUGCACUUGAUCGAUGGGUAUGGUAGGUAUGACAAGCCACCGACCCGAGACCCUGUGCUCGUCAACAAGCACUGUGGAUUCCUCAAGAACAGCGAGUAUGUACCCGAGUGCUGGUGGCAGCCCAAGAACAAAGGCUUGAAAUAUUCCAAAGAUGCGAAUAGGUACUUCCAACCAGAACGAGCUGUUAAAGACCACCCUGUCCCUCCCAAGCAGGAGGUGGUCGAUGCAUCGAAGGCUCUUUCGAAAUCCCUCUCCCUUCACAACAGCAAGUCGUAGUACCUCAUGUGGCAGGCACGCAGCUGUGAAGGGCGUGGGUGGUGGCGCGUUCAUCAACCUACAGGAGCACAGUGGAAGCUUUGUGAUGGAGGAUGCCAUGAGGGAAGGCAUAAUAUGGGUGUGAGGCAUGGCUGGCAGGAAAAGCUUGCUUGCUUCCUUCCUUCCGUCCUCCAUGAAGCGGACGAUGCAAAUGUGGAUAUGGGUUGGCAGCGGAGGGAAUUUACAGAAAGCAUCGGCGAGUCGCUCCAGUAUUGGAUCACAAGUCGAUGCUCCAGUGCCCACUCUGGAAGCGUCCCACGUCCUGGGCAAGCUGAUGCUGCGUGAAGGAUAAGGCUGCAGGCAUUGAAGUGGAAGUGGAGUGGAGAAGAGUAGAGUGGGGUGUUGGGGUGCGGUGGGGUGGGGUGGGAAGCUUUGGCGUAGUGAGUUGAGUGAGUGAGUGAGCGAGUGCUGGAGAGAAGUAUGGUAUUAAGAUUUUUAAAAAACACAUUUCAAAGUAGUUUAUGUUAAGUUCAAUUAAUUUAUUAUUAUUUUAUCCAUGACUUAGUUCCAUUGAAUUAGUAUGAUAUUAAUUCAAUUUAAAUUUUUGCCUCAA